GCCCGCCAAUGAGGGCUGGGCCGGUCACGUGGGCCUGACAGCUGGGGAGGGGGUGGCCAGGGACAAUGUGGCCCUGGGGAAGCCGGGACAGAGUGCUGCAGCGUCGAGACCCCCAGCCUGCGUGACCCCGGCCCGCCUGUCUCCAGCCACCGGGCCCAGGCCGCACCAUGUUCUCCAGGAAGAAACGGGAGCUCAUGAAAACCCCUUCCAUCUCGAAAAAGAACCGGGCGGGAAGCCCCAGCCCACAGCCCGUGGGGGAGCUGCCCAGGAAAGAUGGGGCUGAUGUGGUGUCCCUCGGAUCCAGCCUGGAGCCACCGAGCGUGGCUUCAAAUGCCAAGACCACAGGCACGCUCAAGCGGCCCACCAGCCUGAGCCGCCAUGCCAGCGCUGCCGGCUUCCCGCUGUCUGGACCCAGCACCUGGACGCUAGGCCGUGCCCACCGCAGCCCACUGACCACGCCGAGCCCUGCCGAGCUGCCGGCCGAGGGGCCGUGCCCGGACACGGGGGAGGACAUCUCCCACCUGCUGGCUGACGUGGGCCGCUUUGCCGAGGGCCUGGAGAAGCUCAAGGAGUGUGUUCUGCACGAUGAGCUCCUGGAGGCCCGCCGGCCGCUGGCCCACGAGCGCCUGGGCGAGGCCCUCCGCGUGAUGCGGCAGGUCAUCUCCAAGUUCCCGCUGCUCAACACCGUGGAGACGCUCACUGCUGCGGGCACCCUCAUCGCCAGGAUCAGAGCCUUCCAUUACGAGAGCAACAACGAAUCUGACAAGCAGGAGUUCGAGAAGGCCCUGGAGACCAUCGCCGUGUCCUUCAGCAGCACCGUAUCUGAGUUCCUCAUGGGGGAAGUGGACAGCACCACGCUCCUGUGGGUGCCCCCUGGGGACCCCAGCCAGACCAUGGAGAGCCUGUGUGCGCAGGGGAGUGAGGGCUCUGCGCCCAGCGCCGAGGACUGUGACGGUGAGACGGGCCGGGCCGGCGCGGCGGGCGGGGCGGGCGGCCGGAGGGGGCUGCCGGGACGGCGCGGCCCCCGCGGCCCCCCGAGCCCCACCCUCACGCCGCUCCCGCCCGCAGAGAUGGACUUUGCCAAAGGCCUGCAGAAGAUCGUGCACAACUGUAGACAGAGCGUCAUGCAGGAGCCGCACAUGCCCCUGCUGUCCAUCUACUCCCUGGCCCUGGAGCAGGAGCUGGAGUUCGGCCACAACAUGGUGCAGGCGGUGGGCACGCUACAGAACCAGACCUUCAUCCAGCCCCUGAGCCUGAGGCGGCUGGAGCAUGAGAAGCGCAGGAAGGAGAUUAAGGAGCUGUGGCACCGCGCCCAGAGGAAGCUGCAAGAGGCUGAGUCCAACCUUCGCAAGGCCAAGCAGGGCUACGCGCAGCGCUGCGAGGACCACGGCAAGGCCCGCUUCCUGGCGGCCAAGGCCGAGGAGGAGCAGGCCGGCACGGGGCCUGGGGCGGCGGCCUCCAAGACCCUGGACAAGCGGCGGCGGCUGGAGGAGGAGGCCAAGAACAAGGCGGAGGAGGCCAUGGCCACCUACCGAACGUGUGUGGCCGACGCCAAGACGCAGAAGCAGGAGCUGGAGGACACCAAGGUGACGGUGCUGCGGCAGAUCCAGGAGGUCGUCCGGCAGAGCGACCAGACCAUCAAGUCGGCCACCAUCUCCUACUACCAGCUGAUGCACAUGCAGACGGCGCCGCUGCCCGUGCACUUCCAGAUGCUGUGUGAGAGCAGCAAGCUGUACGACCCGGGGCAGCAGUACGCCUGGCACGUGCGCCGGCUGCAGCGCGGCGAGGAGCCCGACGCGCGCUACGACUUCGAGCCCCACGUCUCCGCCAACACCUGGUCCCCGGUUAUGCGCACCCGGAAGGGGAGCGGCAGCGGCAGCGAGGCGGUGGGGACAGAGGCCGCCGGCAGCCCCGAGGAGGAAGGUGGGACCACCGAGGAGCUGCCGCCCAAGGACCGCAGGGGUGGACGUGGACACCAGGUGCACAAGUCAUGGCCAACCACGACCUCAGACUCCGACAGCAGCCUGGACCCCGGCCCCGGCUCAGGGGACUUCAAGAAGCUGGAGCGGAUGUCGUCCAGUGGCACCAUGUCAUCCAGCGAGGAGCUGGUGGACCAGGACGGCGGCGCGGGGACGCCAGCCUUCGAGCAGGCCGACCUCAACGGCAUGUCCUCGGAGCUGCCGGUGGCCGUGGCCGGCAGGCCUUUCCGCCACGUGGGGCUGUCCAAGGCGGCGCGAACACACCGGCUGCGGAAGCUGCGCACGCCGGCCAAGUGCAGGGAGUGCAACAGCUACGUCUACUUCCAGGGUGCCGAGUGCGAGGAGUGCUGCCUGGCCUGCCACAAGAAAUGUCUGGAGACGCUGGCCAUCCAGUGCGGCCACAAGAGGCUCCAGGGCCGCCUGCAGCUCUUCGGCCAGGACUUCUGCCAGGCGGCCCGCAGCGCGCCCGACGGCGUGCCCUUCCUCGUCAAGAAGUGCAUCUGUGAGAUCGAGCAGCGGGCGCUGCACACCAAGGGCAUCUACCGCGUCAACGGGGUGAAGACGCGGGUGGAGAAGCUGUGCCAGGCCUUCGAGACCGGCAAGGAGCUGGUGGAGCUGUCCCAGGCCUCGCCCCACGACAUCAGCAACGUCCUCAAGCUCUACCUGCGCCAGGUGNCCGAGCCGCUCAUCUCCUUCCGCCUCUACCACGCGCUGGUGGGGCUGGCCAAGGACAGUCUGAAGGCAGAGGCUGAGGCCAAGGCAGCGGCCCGGGGCCGGCCCGACGCCGCGGAGAGCGAGGCUGCGGCCGUGGCCAUGGCGGGCCGCCUGCGGGAGCUCCUGCAGGACCUGCCGCCCGAGAACAGGGCCACGCUCCAGUACCUGCUGCGGCACCUGCGCAGGAUUGUGGAGGUGGAGCAGGACAACAAGAUGACUCCAGGGAACCUGGGCAUUGUGUUCGGACCCACGCUGCUGCGGCCGAGGCCCACCGAGGCCACUGUGUCCCUCUCAUCCCUGGUGGACUACCCCCACCAGGCCCGCAUCGUGGAGACCCUCAUCGCCCACUAUGGCCUGGUCUUUGAGGAGGAGCCUGAGGAGGUGCCUGGGGGGCAGGACGCAGACGACCAGCGGGGCGAGGACGGGGUGCAGGCUCCGUGCCCGGAGGUGGGCGUGGCGGCUGUCCCCCGGCUGCAGGAAGAGGCUAUGGACGGGGGUCCAGAAUCCCAAGCGGCCUCCAAUGACUCUGACUCCGAGGUGGAGGAGAACUCGGAGUUGCUGUCCCCAGCGGGCAGGGAUGCGGCCCGCCUCAGCUUCCUGGAGAAGCAGGGCAGCGAGGAGGAGGGCCAGGGCAGCCGCAGCGGCAGUGAGGAGCAGCUGGGGGCCGGGGAGGGCCCAGACCCCCAGCUUUCUGAGUUCAACACCAACCAGUGCAACAAUGUGGCCGAGGUCGAGCUGCCUGGCCCGUGGCUCCAGGGCGGGGAGGUGACAGAGGGCACCGGCCUCGAGAGGCAGCCAGAGUUUGUGUAGCUGGGGCGCUGGGCACACCGGUCGGUGGCUGAGGGCCAAGUGUCGCAUUUCUGGCUCCUGUCCCUGCGGGUGUCCGGUCACCGUGAGGCCUCUUCCUUCAAGCCCAUACUGGUGAGGGCACCGCCGGCUGCCUUUUCCUGGAGCUCCCGGGGUUCCCUGUGCCGUGCGCCCCAGCGCCCUGGCAGCCCGACCCAGCCGAGCUGGGAGGGCCUGUCUCCGGCCGUCCGGGCCGCGUGCUCAGACAAGCCGCGGGUCUGCCUUGGCCUCUCGUCGCUGGGCCGCCACAGAAAGCCACUCUGGAAGCCAGACAGCAGGGCCAGGCAGCAGCGCCAUGCCCUUGCUUCCCCGGAAAGCCGAGUCGAGGCGCACGGGGCGGUCCACCUUGGUCACGAUGCAGGCCUUUCACGUGCACAUUUAUUCUGCUUAAAAUAAAGUUUUCAAUCUGA